AUGUUGCAGCUGUUAUCACCCCAAGGAGAAACAUCCGGCGGUAAAGUCUUGGCUCCAGUCCCUAUGCAUCAGCUUUCGUUACUUGGCAUGGAUACUGCAGCCAUCACCAGAAAGAUCGAGGAGUUUCUCCCUAGCUACAUGAUACCAGACCGCUAUAUUGCCGUGGAACGCCUUCCAACGUCCUUGGCAGCAAAACUGGACCGGAAACGGGUCGAGUCUUGGCUUACCCAACCUCCUUCCGAAGUUCUACCGCGUUGGGGGAGUGAGACGGAGAGCGAGAUCAGGGAUGUCGAGCCAAUGCUCGGCCCCGAUGAGACUGUUGCGAUCGCAAUCAGCUGCAGGAUCGCUGCCUUGAUGGAACGCGAUCGGGACGUUUCUCCAGUACUAGAAGGACGGGACUUCGCCAUUGCAGCCGCUGGCCUCGAUUCCAUCCAAGUGACCAGCCUGGUCGGAUUCCUCCGACAGACGUAUGCCGUGAAUAUCCCUGUACGGAAGAUGCUGGACGGUACAGCCACCGUGCGGUCACUUGCAGCUCUCGUUACACACGAUAAGCCCGCCGGGACGGAGCCGAGGUCUAUCGACCUGACGGGUGAAGUUGCGCGGCUGGUUCGGACUGUGAAUCGCCAACUACCUGCCCCCCGAGUACCUUCCCCCCAACCACGCGAUCAAGUGGUCUUUUUGACCGGGUGUACUAGCCUCUUAGGCACCGAAAUUCUCCACCAACUCUGUGAGACCCCCGAUGUUCGCCAGGUCAUUGUCCAUGUACGGGCCAAGACAGCCCAGGAGGCGUCAACCCGCUGCAAGAACGCUGCACGACGCGCGAAUUGGUGGAGCGAGGAGCGACAUGGCCAUAAGGUUGAGGUAUGGGCUGGUGAUCUCUCUCAGCCACGCUUAGGGUUGAGUGAUCAACACUGGGCAUGUAUCAGCGGAGGCCCCUCGGUCCAGGGCUCGGCUGGGGCGGGUUCUUGUGUGGUCGAUGCCAUCAUUCACGCAGGGGCGGCGGUCAACUGGAAUGCAGGCUACGGCCUCCUCCGGGCCGUCAAUGUCGAUUCAACGGUCGAUUUGAUCCGUGCAGCUCUCGCCUCGCCUGCCCGUCCGCGCUUGGUCUAUGUUUCUGGCGGCCACUCUUGGGACCUAGAAGAGACGGACGCCUCCCUGGCAGACCAGGUGGUGAGCAGCGGCAGUGGUUACAGUCAGAGCAAAUUCGUGGCGGAGAUGGUGGUCCGACACUUUGCCGCACACCACCCGUACUCGGGGCAACUGUCCAUCGUUAAGCCCGGGCUCAUCAUCGGCACCCCCCAAGACGGUGUCCCCAACAUCGAUGAUUACCUCUGGCGCAUCACUGCGGCCGCAGUGGGGGUAGGAUCAUACAGUGCCGAGGAUCUUAACACGGGUCUAUGGAUUACAUCCUCUUGCCAAGUCGCAGAAACCAUCGUCCGGAAGGCGCUUGCGUUGGAAGCUUCUGACCGGCCGAUCACUUAUAUUACGGAUGGUGUUACGGUGUCUGAAUAUUGGGACACCGUCAAUGACGCUCUAGGUGGUGAACAGCGGCUUAUUGCUGUGCCACAUGAUUUAUGGGUGUCGCGCGUGACGCAAGCUAUCGAUAUUCGGGGCCGCAACCAUCCUCUUUGGCCCGUGAAAGAGAUUUUCGAGGAGGUCGACGGUCAUUUUGGUGGCGCGGACUUCUCUAGUCUACGUCUCGACCAUCACAAGCCACACGUCAAGGCGGCGAUCAGGAAGAAUGUCGAGUUCUUGGUCAAGCUCGACUUCCUGGGCGCAUCGGAUGAAAAGGCACGUCCGUCGAGUGAGGGGGCAUUUCGUCGAACCGGUCAGGUGUGGAGCUCGGCCAAAACAGCGUAG